AUGGCCUCAGGAUUUACUUUUGGCUUUGGGGGGGAUGAUCUUGAAGAUAUCGAAGAUGCAUCUGACGCGGGCCAGCAACAGGGGAGCAAUGGAGCUGCUCAGAAGCAAGUGGAUGAAGGGGGUAAAAGCGAACCGGUAUAUCAGGAAGCAGAGGAGCUUAAUAUUGAUGAGAUGCUGUCUUCCCUUCCCUCUCAGAUGGAGUUCAAUACUCAAUUGGUACAUGAUUCAACUGGUGAAAGACCAUUUUUAAUUGGCCGUCGGCAAUUGAUAGAUAUUCGCAUUCAAUUGAUGGCUGAGCAGGAUAUGCUCGACGAGCACGAAGACCUUCUGUUUGGCCUACAGAAGGAAGAUAUUACCCACGCGGUAUAUGAAGGGGGUUUUAAAACGUGGGAAUGUGCCAUGGAUUUGGCUACUUUGCUAGCUACUGAAUACGACGGAAGGUUUACACUUGCAGACGGGGAAGAGACAAUUAACAUAAUAGAGCUCGGUGCUGGAACUGGAAUGCCUUCUCUCUCAUUAUUUUACUCAUACCUAACAGGCCAAGCUAAUCCGGACGUUGCCAAACGAAGGAAAGUACACUUUGUACUUGCCGACUAUAAUGUUGCGGUCUUGAAGCUGGCGACUCUGCCCAAUAUACUACUUACCUGGUAUAUAACCCGCCGAAAUCCGCUGAAAGGGAACCCCUUGCUGGCCGAUCGCAACGCCGUUCAUCUAAUGGAAAUAGACCAAGCCCUUCUAGAAGACUUUCGUCGUGACCUUUCAGAGCGCGGGAUUACACUUUCCUUCAUAUCCGGAGCAUGGUCCCCUAAAUUUGUCGACUCGUGCCUUGGCCAACAAUCAACCCCGGAAGAAGGGGUGGCAGCCGGAGAGCAGCCAACUGCACGAGAGCGCAGAACUAUGAUUCUCGCCAGUGAAACUAUAUAUUCCCCGUCCUCGUUGCUCCCGUUUACAGAGACGCUCAUAUCAUUGCUCCGUAGGGCGGUAUCGAAUGGAGGAGCAAGGUAUAGCGAACACGAUUACCCUAUACUGGCGUAUAUUUCCGCGAAGAAAGUGUAUUUUGGAGUUGGUGGAGGGGUCACCGAAUUCCUAAUGACACUUCGCAACGUUCUCGGGGGCCGUGACGAAUUUAAAGCGCUUCCAACGUCAGAGGUCCACGAUGCUGGAGUUGGGAGAACCAUUCUGAGGAUUGUACCGAAAGAGUUCGACCGUAGAUGA